AUGCAACAAACUUGCUACAUAAUGGGUAUAGAUCAAGUUCUAACACCACUGUACCACCCGGAGUCGAACCCGAUUGAGUGUAAGAAUAGGGAUCUUAAACCACAACUUGCGAUUCUCGUCGGUCAAGAUCACGACACCUGGGACUUGCACUUAGCAUCUAUCAGGUUUGCUAUGAACUCGGCAAUUACGUCUAGCACAGGUUUUUCACCGGCUUUUCUUACCUUCGGCAGGGAGCUUCGUGCACCAGCUGAUGCUGUUAACGACAUGCGCGCGAUAUUAGAAAGCGACAAUAUUGUCCCUACUAUCACUCCUUAUCUUAAGAAAAUGGCUGAAACCCUCUCAAAUGCAAGAGAUGUACAUGAGAGAAACCAAAUUGUGCAAAAGAAAUACGCUGACGAACAUCGCCGCGAAGCACCUGACUAUCAGGUCGGAGACCUGGUGCUUUUGAAGACUCAAGGUCUUAAUGAUACUGACAAGGGUCAGACAUCAAAGUUUAUACCAAGAAGGGAUGGUCCAUAUAAGAUUAGGAAAAUAGUGAGUGCUACUACAUACGAGUUGGAAGGUAUCAAUGAUGGCAAACUCGUAGGUAAAUACCACGCAUCACUUCUCACUCCAUUUGUUGGCACCAUCCAAUCUCCUAUAAGGGAAAAGCGCAGACGCGGUCGACCGCGUAAAGUUCCUAUCCCAAACGCGGGGUCGCCAAUUUUGGGAUAGAGGGGGAGGAUGUAGCGAGCGCGUACGUAGUUAGGUAGUUAUCGCGGCCGCGUUGCUAGGCAACCGAGCCCGGCUGAGCGGUACCUCGUAUCCCGCGCGUCUCUCCGGACGACUAAGCGUCUCCUCCGUGACUCGCGCGCCAGUAGAGCCGAGAUCGCGUUCGCUGCGCACACGUUUGUGUAUCCAAUCAUACGUCC